AUGGACCUGUGUGUGACCAUCAAAGGCGUCUCCUUCCUCUUGCAGACAGGUAUGGGCAUCUUGGGGAACACCGUGGUCCUGCUGGCCUACGCCCACAUCAUCUUUACGAAGUCCAAGCUGCUUCCUGUGGACAUGAUACUGUGCCACCUUGCCUUUGCCAACCUCGUGCUCCUGCUGACCCGCGGCGUCCCCCAGACCAUGACGGUGUUCGGCCGCACUAACCUGCUCAACGACCCAGGCUGCAAGUGUGUUCCAGGCGGUGACCGUCGCCCCCGCUGGGCCACGCUUGUCAAAAUUGAAGUCUGCACUUCACUCCCUGGUCUUCCUCACCUUUGCCGGACUCUGGUUACUCAACUCGGCCAUAUACUUUCAAACUUUUUUUCAUGCUAUGGCUCCACGCAAUGGGAUUUUUUUUUUGUGGCCCUGAUGGUGGCCUCCAGCGGUUACAUCCUGCUGCUGCUCCACCGCCACAGCCGGCAGGUGAGAGCAAUGCGCCGCUCCCAAGGCAGCGGGGUUGAGAGCCGAGCAGUCAAGACGGUGGUUACCCUGGUAGUCCUGUAUGUCUUUUUCUUUGGGAUCGAUAACGUGAUCUGGAUCUACAUGCUGACCGAGGCCAAGGUGUCUCCAGUGGUGACUGACAUGAAGGUGUUCUUCUCCUCCUGCUUUGCUUUCCUUAGCCCGUACUUUAUCAUCUCUUCAAACAAAAAGGUGAAGGCCAAAGUUUUGUGUGCGGCCGAGCUAGACCGACCACCGUCAAUGGACACUCAGGAGUCACGUGAUAAAGGACUGUCUCUUUCCUGA